AUGUCACCACCCAUCCCCUUCGCCGAACCCCCCUAUCUCCGCGGUCUCCCCUCCCCCUAUUACACCGCUUCGCACCGCCGCUUCCAAAAAGCCUGCCGCGAAUUUGUCGAGGAACAUCUCCUCAAAAACGCCUUUGAAUGGGAGCGCCAGGGCACCGUCCCCGAACAUGUCUUCGAGACGUUCUGCAAGCACAACAUGCUGCUCCCCAACAUGCCGGCGCCACUGCCCGUCGACUGGCUGAAACGGCUGGGCAUCCAUGACAUUCUCGGCGUCAAGGUCGACGAAUGGGACUACAUGUACACGGGGAUCUACGCGGAUGAAAUGGCCCGAUCGGGUCUGAGUGGACCGGCGGGAUCGAUGAACGCCGGGUUCGCGUUUGGGAUGUCGCCGAUUGUGAAAUACGGCAGUGCGCAGCUGCAGGAGCGCUUUCUGCCGGAUUUCUUGACGGGGAGGAAGAGGCUUUGUCUGGCGAUUACGGAGCCGGGGGUGGGGAGUGAUGUGGCGAAUAUCACCACCACCGCGGAGAAGACGCCCGAUGGACAGCACUAUGUCAUCAACGGGAGCAAGAAGUGGAUCACGAAUGGCAUCUGGUCAGACUACGCUACGAUGGCUGUUCGCACGGGCGGUCCUGGCCCGACCGGCUUGUCGAUGGUGGUGGUGCCGCUGAAAGGCCAUCCCGGGGUGAGCAUGCGUCGACUGAACGUCUCCGGCCAGAAAGCCGGCGGAACGACGUAUAUCGAGCUGGACGAGGUCAAAGUGCCCGUGGCGAACCUCAUCGGGCGAGAAGGCGACGGCAUGCGCAUCAUCAUGACCAACUUCAACCACGAGCGACUGUCCAUCGUGAUCGGUGCUACGCGACAAGCCCGCGUGGCUCUCUCUACGGCCUUUGCAUACUGUCUCAAACGCGAAGCAUUCGGCAAGACCCUCAUGGACCAGCCCGUUGUGCGACACCGACUCGCCAAAGCCGGGGCCGAGCUGGAAACGAUGCACGCGUGGACGGAACAGCUCCUGUACCAGAUCUGCCAUCUCCCAAAGGACGAAGCAGAUCGGCAAUUGGGCGGGAUUACGGCGUUGGCGAAAGCCAAGGCAGGAAUGGUGCUGAACGAGUGUGCGCAGGUUGCGGUGCUCUUGUUUGGAGGCAGUGGCUUCACGGCUUCAGGACAGGGUGAAUUGGUCGAGGCAAUCUAUCGCGAUGUUCCGGGGAUUCGCAUUCCAGGAGGCUCGGAGGAUGUGUUGCUUGAUCUGGCGGUGCGACAAUUGGUGAAGCUAUACAAGGCAGAGGAGAAGAAACUGGGGCAGUCGAAGAUCUGA